UCAUGCAAAUAUUAAAAUGGUGUUCGAAGAGCACAUAGUAAGAGACAUUUGAAUAUGCAUUUGGAUGCGUAAUCGUAGCUUUGUAAUGAAUAAUGAUUGACUAGUUGAACGUGGGCUAGAGUGAACUGACAUAAUGCCUUGUACUGUGAUAUAUUCAUAAGAGUUUGGUGCGUCCGGGUAACAAAAACAAACAUGAAACAAGUCGGCAAAUACUUCGAAAAAGAUGGCAGUGGUUCUGUCCGUCUUACUCCCGAGGAGGCUGAAGAUAUGUGGCAUAUCUACAAUUUACUUAACGAAGAUGACAUCCUUGAGGCAUCCACAAUACGAAAGGUCGUCACAGAAUCAGCUACUGGAUCAACAGAUAGCACCCGCGUUCGGACGACAUUGACGAUUCGCGUGGAGAGCAUCGACUUUGAUACCGCUGGAUGUGUGCUACGCGUGAAAGGACGAAACAUCAGGGAAAACGAAUAUGUGAAGCUUGGAGCGUACCACACACUAGAUUUGGAAGUUAAUCGAACAUUCAAACUUAUCAAGUCCAAUUGGGAUGUAAUCCAUCUUGAAAGGCUACAACAAGCCUGUGAUCCGACAUUAAAUGCCGAGGUAGCCGCCGUCGUAAUGCAGGAGGGAAUUGCCCACGUCUGCCUUGUAACUUCGGUAAUGACACUUGUUCGCGCGAAGAUCGAAAUGGUAAUCCCGCGAAAAAGAAAAGGAUUGUGUGGUCAGCACGAUAGAGGCAUAAGUCGAUUCUUUGACGCGAUCCUUCGAGCAAUUAAGCAACAUGUCAACUUCGAUGUGGUUAAAUGCGUGCUGUUAGCAAGCCCUGGCUUUGUAAAGGAUCAAUUUUUCAAGUAUAUUAUGACCACUGCUGCUCAGCAGGAUUGCAAACAGUUUCUCGAUAACAAGGGAAAGUUCGUGCUUGCUCAUUCGUCUUCCGGUUUUAAGGCCGCACUCAGAGAUGUGCUUGAAGAUCCGACUGUCCAAGCAAAGUUGGCCGACACGAAAGCCGCCAACGAAGUAAAGGCUCUUAAUCAGUUCUUCCAGGUUCUUCAUCAGGAACCAGAUAGGGCUUUAUAUGGUCCUAAACACGUUGAGAAAGCUGCCGACGCACAAGCAAUCGACACACUGCUAAUUUCUGAUAAACUUUUCAGGUGCCAAGACGUGGCUGAGAGACGGCGGUAUGUCAGUCUGGUUGAGUACGUGCGCGACGCCGGCGGCGACGUGAAGAUUUUCAGCAGUUUACAUGUAUCGGGCGAGAACCUGGACCACCUGACGGGUGUGGCGGCUAUUUUACGUUUUCCUAUGCCCGAAGUGGCGAAUGAAGAAAUGGACGAUGAUGAUUCGGAUUCCGAAUAGAAGCUUUAGUUAAGUCAUAAGACGAACAAAAUGGCGCUGGACUGUACGAAUCUCUAAAAAUUGCAGGUUAUGCCUGACUGCAGCUGCUAGUUAUCUGAAGAUGAAGACUAACUGUUCAGUUUUGCGCAUAUGCAUAGAAAGGCAUGCAGACAUACAUUUUGCUACGGUUAGGUAGAUGUCUAGAGUGAGUAAACGAAGUGGGCGCAUCACUUUAUUACGUAAUAAUGCUUGGGAAGUAGUAGUAGUAGGGUAGAACAGGCUGCGAUUUGAGGCUUUCAACGGUAUGUAAUUGAACCUGACAAUAGGAUAAGGACAGCUGUGUACAAGCAUCUAGAGAAACACGACAUUUUUUGCGCAUAGGAAUCCGAACAAAAGUAGCUAAAUAGAUACGGCCUGGCCCCAAUGCAUAACUGCCCUUCGCUCAUUGUGUAAAUAUCCUAUCAGGACAAUAGAGCAAAUCUUGGCCCCUGUACACCACAACUGCUUCGAUCUCUUUUUUUAGUGGCGUACGAGAAAAUAUCGAGGUUUCUGUCGUCGAAAUUAUGUUGUAUGGUCUUACCAAGUACGUUCAGAGGGUUUCCUUUAAUCCCGCAAUGAGGAACGCGCUAUAUGUAGUAUCUACUCACGAACUAUAAGUAAAUACGAACUAUGUAUGUCGAAGAUACUUUUUUGACAGUAGUUUGUGAUAUUUCUCGUAACUAAUGACAAACUACAGCGAGUGAAUUGGAGUUGGAAGGAAUUACUAACGAUUUGUUUUCUAACAGUGAGUGAUGCGAAGAAAUUGGAACAGCAAAAAAUGAUAAGAACGACGAAAAACUGAGACAUUUUUUCUUUUACAAAGAAAACUCUAUGUUUUAUCGUGGCAUUAGACUUCCAUUUCCUUUUGACGAUGAUGAUGAUGUUAACUAUAAAGAAGUGAAACUAAUUGCAAUUUUCGUCUAAGAUUGCAUUUAUUCAGAGUUGAAACGGGACUUACAGAAAGCUGAAGGAUCUUUGUAUGAUCGAAGAAGCGGCCCAGUAUUGUCUUAUAAGCGGUGUAUGUUAUAUAAUUUUUAGCUAUUGACUAUAAAUACUCGAGGAAAAACGAAACGAUUGCGCUGGCGUUUGAUAAUUUAACUAUCUUUGGCUUUUGAGCAAAGGAAAGGCCAUUAUUCGCCGAUCAUUUCACAAAAAUCUCAGUCAUUAACAUAAUUUACUGACUGAUUUUUACUUGUGUUAAAUUAUAAUUACCUAUCGUCAGUAAAAGGAUACAGAGCGCGAUAUAGAAUCUCUUUUCUGAGGCUUAUCACGUACUGAUCCAAUGUGUUCAUUGUGGUGAGUUUGUCUUUUCUUAUAGAUGACUGAUUGUAUACCUCGAAAUACUCUAAUACUAUAAAGCAAAAGUUGGAAUUAUCAAACACAAAUUCACGCUAUAAAAUACGUCAGUGAAAGGAAUCAGUUGUUUAGAAAGUUAACUUGUUUAGGCCCGUAUCGUCAUCCAUUGAUGGUCCUAGCUUAAUUCAGCAUAUUGUACAGCGUCGAACUUUUAAUACAGGAUGUAAUGUGUAGAAUGUCCUCAACAAAUUCAAGUGACUCUGAAUAGUUUGUUGCUAAAGAAUCUAAAUAAAGCGAAAGAAUUUAAAUAAAGUUGCCGUUACGAAAAAUAUUCUU